GCGCCCACGGCAAGGAUGUGUCCCCGGAGCCCGGUCCGCCCCAGCACCGCGGGAAGCGGCAGGGGCCGGGCCACUGCCCCCAGCAGCGCGGCUCCCUCCCUCUUUCCCUGCCUUCCUGCCGGCCGGGAUUGGCUGUGCCCGGCCGGCGGGGCGGGCGGGAGGCGCGGGCGGGACACGCGGCGCCCCGACGGCGCAGCAGAGCGCGGAACUCGGCCCUCGGAGCGCGGAGCAGCUGCCUCUGCGCACCAGCUGCCAGGCUGCCCUCCACCGCUAUCUGGUUUCGUUUUGUUUCUUUUUUUCUUUCCUUCCCUCCCUGGGACUGAAAGCAGGAUCCGCGUCCCUGAAACUGCUAUGCCAGCUGAACUCUCCCGGGCCGUGGGAAUGCACGCUAUCUCCGACCUGCACUCCUCCCUCCCUCUGCGGCUCCUCAACAAGGGGCCCGAGUACCUCCGCAGGCAGAUGGAGGCCGGCAACCCGGGCAGGAAAAGUGCCGUGGAGAGACUGGCCGCCGAUAAGGCCAAGUACGUAAAGAGCCAGCAGGUCAUCAGCACCAGGCAAGAGCCCGUCAUCUCGCUCAGCUCAGCCUCGGAGAGCAGCAGCGAGACCUGUUCGGUGGAGAGCAAAGCAGUCAGCAGGGACUUGGGCAGAGGGAAGGGCGCGAAGCCCCUGGAGCUGGCCAAGGCGGGGUACUCCUGCCGCGCCCCCUUGCAGCACGGCCCCCCCAUCGCCAGGCGCAGCACCCACAAGAGACAGAUGCGGCCGGAUUCCCUGGUGAUUUACCGUCAGAAAUGCGAGUUUGGGAGAGGUCAAAGCCAGGACAGCUCGCGGGGGAACUUGGUGAAGAGAAUCUUCCAUGGGUCCAUAAAGGAGAAGCAGUUGCCUUCCCCUGAGUUGCCCAGAGUCAUGGAGGACACCGCGGGCACCGAGAGCAAUGAGCCCCUCUCGGCAAAAGAUGGUGACCAUGAGCCAAGCGACUGUGCAGUGGAGCAAACGGUCCCUGUGAGCACCAAAGGCCCAGGGGUAUGUACAAAAGAGCAUGAGAGACCCUCAAACCUGAGUAUACCUCCUGACGAGGUCAAGGAGGUGAAGAGGAGAGGUCUCCAUCGGUCCCAGUCAGACAUCAGCUCUCGCUACUCUAAGUCCUUCGCUGAGUUUGAUACAUUUUUCAAGUACUGUGGCCUGGAGCAGGAGGUCAUUGAGGACCUUGGAAGAGAGAACUUCUCUGUGGUGUCUGACAAUGUCUCCUUCAAGUUCCGCAGCAUCAGUGUGGCAACAUCUGAGAGUGACUUUACGAGGCACAGUGGGGAUGAGGGGCUGCUGGAGGAUGAACUCACAGAGCAAGUCCCAAGCAGCACCUCUGUGGUCGAGCGAAAUGCUCGGAUAAUCAAAUGGUUGUAUACGUGUAAGAAAGCCAAGGAGAAUAACAAGGUGAUCCAGGAACUGGCGUGAUGGCUUCUUUCAGCGUGCGUUGCAGCCUGGUGAACUCAAGAGUACUUGACUUGGAAGUUGAACAAAACCAGACACAGGAAGAAACUCUUCCCUCAUCUGGCUUAUGACUACUUUGUCCAAGUUUAGUAUUUUAUUAUUACCUCCUACCCUCACCCCCAUCCCUUGGAAGCCUCACUCUUGUCAAGCCCAAGGGUGUCGAAGACUGUGAUGACAAGUGGAGGUUGUGAACUGUGCCCCAGCGAGACAGCACAAAAUUAAAGCCCCUGGAAAAGUGAAAUGUAGCAGCAGCUGCCAUCCACAAUAACAUUCAGCAUCAGCUCACUGCCUCAGGAUGCCAGUCCAAGCUGUGACAGAAGGUCUGUGUUGUGCACCCAUCUCCUUCUAGCAAUGAAUUUGUCAACAGAGAUAUGGGGAGAAAGCGGGAACGAAGUGGCAAUGACCUGUGGGUCAGGCAUUUCCUUGCAGACAGACACACUCCACCUGCACGUUCAAAGCCUGUGUCUUACCAGGGCUGUAUGAGCAGAGCUCACCCUGACAUCAUUCAAAAUCAUCCUCUUGGCUGGUGAGGACUAACUGUGGUAACUUUAUCUGGGAUACUUGGCAAACAUGUUGUAAGCUAAAUCCCUGCCAAACCUCUCUUUCUCUGCGAAUAUUCAAACCAAAUUGGUGUACCUAGUUUGCUCUUGCUAGUUUGUCACACAGUCUGCUCAGCCUUUGGGAAAGAAUAGCCCAAAAUACUGUCAGGAUGGUUCCAAGAAACAGGUAUUGAGGGAGGGUUAUGCAUUGUUUCUUCUUGCAGAACAGUACAAUUUGUUUGCAAUGUGUGCCCAACUCUGACAUUGCAAACAUUGCAAACUUUGGUAGCUUGUGGUUUAACACCUUUAAUUUUAUGCAUUGUGAGUGAUCAGGUGGCUUACAGAAUCACAUUAGGAAAUUGUAUCCCAGGCUGCAUAAAGCCAAACUUCCCUAGCAGUAGGGCUAUGCAAGACAGUAUCUCUGCCCUGCAAGGCAAAAAGGCAUAUUAGGGCACAGCCGGGCCAGGUAAUACCCUGAUGACACCCAGUGUAGACAGCACCUUACUCAAUAUCAUCAGUAAAAUGCUUCAUUUGGGCUGGCUGAGCUAAAUGUGUUUUAAAAGCUGAUACUUUGGAUCAUCAGUGUAGUGAAUGAGGCCUCUGCAACAACUCAUGGAAUUUGCUGGCUGUUCCUCAAACAUCCCAAUCUGUCAUUGCUCGCUAGCAAAUGUCUUGCACCAAAGCAUUUCUAUGUGGACAUUACAAACCACAAAACACUGCAAAAAGAAAAACCCAAAGCUAGUUUCCCUUUAAUUUGCACGGAUGGCCACCUGUGAUAACUGCACCGCUGGCACACUGGGGACUUGACCUGGGGGUCCUACAGACGUUAAAAGUUUACUUUGUGUUACCAUGGAUGUGGAAGAGUUGUUCUUCAAGAGCUCAUUAAGUGACAUAGUUGACAUCAGCUAAACAUAAUCUGAGUUGCAUUUCCCUAUGUUUUAAAUGUGCUUGUCAGUCCCUGGAUGGUUGGUUCUCAAUUACAGCAACAGUUUGGGAAUGCAGAGCAUUUGUCUUCUGUUUCUAGUGUUACGUACUAAAGUCUGCAUGUCUGAAGUUCUUGAGAUAACUGGAUAACAAUUCCAGAUAAAAUAAUUGUUGAACCCACUUUUUACUUGGGAGAAAACUAACUAGUUUGUAUGAGUGAGCUCCUGCAGACUUAGAGGGAAGGUAGUACAGGCAGAUAUUUUUUUAAAUAAUGGAAUUUCCAUGUGUAUUUGUUACAUUAUUAUGGAAGGAUGCUUCUCAGAAAACUCCAAGAUGGUGCUCAUAUAGUAAGAAUUAUAGUAAGAAUUAUACACUUAAGAUGCAGGUUUUUAAGGCUCGAGUCUGGCUUUAUUUGUCAGGGACACAACCUGACACAUCUGUUCUGUUCAUGCUCAAUUUGCAAGGUGCUGUACCACAUAUAUGUUUAUAUACAGUUGUCACAGAUAAGGAUUGCUUUUCUUUGAAAAUACAGAUGCCUGUAGACAGCUCAGAGUGCAGGAAAAAUCUUUUGCAUUACAAUUCAGUGCCCCACUGCAAGAGAAGAGAAUUAUUUUGUUUUGUUUCCAAGGAAAUAUUUGGUUUCAUUUUCAAACUUCUGUUUGCUUUUGCUCUUUUAGUUGAGCAGCUCUCAAAAGUUAAGAUGAAAGAUGUGUUGCUCACGAAUUUUCAAUGUUAGGAAGGAACAUGUUUAAUUUGCUUGAAAAUAGAGAACAUCAGCCAUUCUCAAAACUGAUGACGAUUUUAUGGCAGAGCUUAGUGAAAUCAGAACUGGCCCCAUUCUGAAUAUUUUUUUAAUCCCCCUUUUUGUCUUUGUGAAUAGUUUGGGGGAGUUGGAGUUCCACAUUGAUAUGUGGCAAAAUUUCUCUGGCUUUGUUCAAACUCUGUAGGAAUCCCAAGCUCUCCCAGGUAUCAUUUACUUCAGAGAUUAUGUGGACCUGUCUAAAAUCUUUCCCUGAUAAGCUAUAGAUUCCCUUUAUUUAAUAAUACCUCUGGGGAAGCUAAUAAUUUACACUUCCCAGUAUGUCAGAACAACAACAGACAACAAUCUUUCUUUCUCCAUACAUCUUGGGAAUGUGUAUUUCAGUGCUUUUUCCAAAUGGUGGGAGCUCUAGUCUUCAUUCAGCUCCUGUUACUGUUACAUGUACAGGCUUUUCCUUUUUUCUGCUAGGGCUUUCAGAUGUAUCCCUCAAAAUAAGAAAAACUUGCUAAUGUUAGUCACUACCUGUCUUUUUCUCAAAAAAUUAUCCAGAUUGUUUUGUUGGUUUUGUUUUGUUUUGUUUUUCACUAUUUGAUUAUAAAAGACAUGCUUUGGAAGGGGUUGGAUUUUUCAGCUUUAGUGAUAAGCUGUGGUAAAGUGGGCCAUUGCAGUUCGGACAGAAGUUUUAGCAGUGGAGUUGGUUUUCCAGUUUUCUGAGGAGCUUAAACUGAGGCUGAGGACAAAGGCGAGUCAUAAAUCGAAUGAUUUUUUUUGACUAGAACUAUGUAAACAAAAAUAGUCAAAUGGUGUGUGAGUGUGCAGAGUGAACUGCUGUUUACACCUGAGUGUUUCAAGGUGCUCCAAUGCUGUGACAAAGGACAAUGUCCACAGCUAUAGCACAACAGGAGAGAGGUACAAAGUCUGGGGUUUAUGGCCUGGAAGCAAGUAUUUGCAAUCAGAUAGCGACUGAAGCUUUGCAAUAUAUUGUAAAUAUUACUGUACAGAAAUCUAUAAGUAAGGAAUAAAGAUUGUUCUAUAAUAUGUAUAUUACUUUUCUAAGGGAUAUAAGUCUUCAUGUUUUUUGAAAUUGGCCAAGCAUUACAUUGAUGGGGAUUAAGCAGAAACUUUCUUCUGGGAGCAAGUUGUCCUGUCAUUGCCUCUCAUGGAGUUUCUUGGAUCUGCUUUUGAAUCCUUUGAAAUGGAGUGCUGGUCACACCUGGUAUGGAUGUUUCUUGGUUGCUAUGUUUGUAUUACUAUGAAAGAACAUGUGUGCUAUUGAAUGCAUACAAAUAAAACUGCCACUCUGAAAGUUAA